GGUAUAAAAGGGGCGCUUGGCGGGCCGCGGCUGUUGGCGGCUAAGGAAAGUCGGUCGGUUUGUGCGUGCUGCCGCUCGCUGCCGCCAGGAUGUUCGAGGCGCGGCUGGUGCAGGGCUCGGUGCUCAAGCGGGUGCUGGAGGCCCUCAAGGACCUCAUCACCGAGGCCUGCUGGGACCUGGGCUCGGGCGGCAUCAGCCUGCAGAGCAUGGACUCCUCGCACGUCUCCCUGGUGCAGCUCACGCUGCGCUCCGAGGGCUUCGACACCUACCGCUGCGACCGCAACAUCGCCAUGGGCGUCAACCUUUCCAGCAUGUCCAAAAUACUGAAGUGUGCUGGAAACGAAGACAUCAUAACUCUCCGAGCAGAAGACAAUGCAGAUACAUUGGCUCUAGUGUUUGAAGCACCAAAUCAGGAAAAGGUUUCUGAUUAUGAGAUGAAGCUCAUGGAUCUUGAUGUGGAGCAGCUUGGAAUUCCAGAACAAGAAUAUAGUUGUGUGGUAAAAAUGCCUUCUGCUGAAUUUGCACGCAUCUGUAGAGAUCUCAGCCACAUUGGUGAUGCAGUUGUCAUCUCCUGUGCAAAAGAUGGUGUGAAAUUUUCAGCUAAUGGAGAGCUGGGCAAUGGGAAUAUCAAGCUGUCACAGACCAGCAAUGUGGAUAAAGAGGAGGAAGCUGUUACAAUAGAGAUGAACGAGCCAGUCCAAUUGACCUUUGCUCUGAGGUACCUGAACUUUUUUACCAAAGCCACUCCCCUGUCACCUACAGUAACCCUCAGCAUGUCCGCAGAUGUUCCUCUUGUUGUGGAGUACAAGAUUGCUGAUAUGGGACACUUAAAAUACUACCUGGCUCCAAAGAUUGAAGAUCAACAAGAAGGCUCUUAAUUGGAGUAGGACUGAGGGGGAGAUCUGGUCCUCCUUUGGGGAAGACAACUGAUGUUGAGAAGGAAAUGGUGGUGGUAGCAGUUUCAGUGCAUUGGAGCAUCAUAUGAGCACUGUUAGGCAUGUUGUGUAGAUAACUUUGUAAAUAUUUUUCAACUUACUACUUUGCUAUACUGGUGUCAUUGGAAAUAGGAAAUUUUGUUUAUUCUAGUCGAUUCCUGUGCUUCCAGUAAUCUCUUAGGUGCUGUCUUAAGGUGAAAUAUCUUACUCCUUUCAACUUGAGUUAGAGAAGGGGUGCAAUAUUUAACUUGAGUAAUGACAAUGUUUCCUAGAGGUUCCCCUGUGGAACUGUAGUUGACUAGGGUUGCUGUUCAACUAUGCCAUGAGUUUGUUUGCCCUUACUCCAUCCAUUUAUUUUUGAAGCUGGUAUUCUAACUGAAACUUGGAAAAUGGAAAUAAAGAAUAUAAUUUCAUGGGUUUUACCCUGUUAAAA